AUGGGUGAUGUUAGUCAUAUGGCUGAGUGGCAGAGAAUGCUGACUGAGAGCAAGUUUUGCAAGAAGAUUAUCUACAUGAAGUUUCUCAACAAUAGCCAGGAUGUGCCUUGGAAGAAGCUGUUUUUUGGCAAUGCUGCUAGACCUAGGGCAAUCUUCACUUUGUGGAUGGUGUGUCUUGGUCGAAUUUCCACAAAAACUAGGCUUAUGAAGUUUGGUAUUCUUGAUAAUAAUAAUUGUGUGAUGUGUACUGGAGAUGAGGACUUGAAUCAUCUCUUUUUUCUGUGUGAGAGGACCAAGAGUAUAUGGCAAGAGGUUUUGAAUUGGCUGCAGGUAGAACAUGGUACAGGUGGUUGGGAUUAUGAGCUGAAGUGGAUGAUACAUAGGUGCAAUCAGAAGGGGUGGAAAUCGAUCCUUCUCAAGACUGCCUUGGCUGAAACUGUACAUGCUUGCUGGCUGUAUAGGAAUAGUUUCGUGUUUAAGGAUGAUGAUAAAGAUAGGAAUAGGCAUAGAAGAAUUGCUAAAGAGAUUAUAGAUAGAAUAGUGCAAAGAAUAUGGAAUAAACCAAAGCUUAGAGGAAAGAUAGCUCCUUUUCUUCUUUGA